AUGGCUUUUCGUGCCUUUGCGCGCUCCGGCGCCCGCCUGAGGAGCACCGCUCCCUGCCGGUCAUCGGCACGUCGCCACGGACUGUCCGACCCAGCCUUUGAACAACCACGCUCAAAACUCCUUCACACAGCCUCCUCAGAGUCGUCCAAAAGGGGCGGCCGGUUCAUCGCCCUCCAGCUGCUGGCUCUCGGCGCCAUACCCCUAUUGGCCGGGUACCUGCUCGGCCGGUCCGCCGCUUCGGCCCCGAACGCGGCGUCCCGGAGCAAGUUGUCGCGGGUCAACUUUGCGAAUCGGGGGCAGAUGCUGCGUGCGGCCGACGAGAUCUCGGAAGCACUGGGCGAAGACGCGGUCAGCUUCGACGAGGACGAGAUUGAGUUGCACGGCCACUCGGACUGGUCGACGUCGAACUCGAGCGGGCGCCCCGUCGCCAUCGUGUAUCCCAGGACGACUGAGGACGUCUCCCGGAUAGCCAAGAUCUGCAACAGGCAUAGCGUGCCAAUGGUGCCGUUCGGCGCCGGGUCCUCGAUCGAGGGCAGCUUCUCGUCGCCCUACAGCGGCAUCUGCAUCGAUUUUGUGCACAUGGACAAGAUAAUCGCCUUCCACCCUGAUGACAUGGACGUCGUCGUCCAACCAGGGGUGAACUGGGUGACGCUCAACAGGACCAUCCAGGACUCGGGCCUCUUCCUCCCGCUGGACCCCUCCCCGACCGCCAUGGUGGGCGGCAUGGUCUCGACCAACUGCAGCGGCACCAACGCCUUCCGCUACGGCACGAUGAAGGACUGGGUCGUUAACCUCACCGUCGUGCUGGCCGACGGCCGCGUCAUCAAGACCCGCAGGCGGCCGCGCAAGAACUCGGCCGGGUACAACCUGACGUCGCUCUUCGUCGGCGCCGAGGGCACGUUGGGCAUGGUGACCGAGGUGACGCUGAAGCUCGCCGUCGCGCCGCAGGACACGGGCGUCGCCGUCGUCUCGUUCCCGACCAUCGACGAGGCGGCGCGGGCGGCCACGCGGCUGAUCCGCUCGGGCGUCCAGCUCGGCGCGCUCGAGUUCAUGGACGAGGUGCAGAUGCGCGUCAUCAACCGGCACGGGAGCGAGGCCGUGAGGAAGACGGCGUGGGACGAGAGCCCGGCCCUUUUUCUGAAGUUCGCGGGGACAACCGAAGGCAUCAAGGGGGACAUCGCCCGGGUAAAGGAGAUGGCGCAGCCGUUCAAGCCGCGCAAGAUAUUCUUCGCCAGGAACAAACAGGAAGAGGCGGACCUCUGGGCCGCUCGGAAGGAGGCCUUGUGGACGAUGACGUCCAUCAAGCCCGAGGGAUAUGCGCUGUGGUCGACUGACGUGGCCGUACCCAUCUCGCGGCUGGCCGAGAUCAUCAACUUAUCGAAAGAAGACUCCGGGAAGCUGGGACUCUUCGCGAGCGUCAUCGGCCACGUCGGCGACGGGAACUUCCACCAGGCCGUCAUGUACGACCCGAAUGACGAGGCGCAGCGGGCGUCGGUCGCCAAGUGUGUCCGGGUCAUGAUGAGCAGGGCGUUGGAGAUGGAGGGGACGGUUUCGGGCGAACAUGCGAUUGGCAUCGGAAAGAAGGACUGUCUGGUAGACGAGCUUGGAGACGACGCCAUCGACUUGAUGAAGACGUUGAAACAAUCCGUAGAUCCCAAGUGGAUCAUGAACCCGGGCAAGGUCUUUGAUCUCCCAGCCGGGUCCAAGGCUUCCGCGGCCAGGUGA